CUCCUUUACAUAGCUGCCAUCCUCUGGGACAGACAAAGGGUGCUUCGGGUAAAUGAUGUAGCUAAAAUGACGUCAAUACCAGAGUCGCGUUCUCAGAGAUGACCUUCUCUCAGGAAGAACCUGAAACUGGGGAUGGUGGGGGUGAGUUCCCGGGGAACACGAUGCACUGUCUCGGACACUGGGGAGGCAGCGAACUGGAGAAUCCUUCUUCGGGUACUCGGUUCCCUGGUCCGUAUAUCAAGAAGUUUGCCCAAGUGCGCGUUAAUCAGGGGACACCCCGAUUCUGAGCCACAACCAGCCGGGUCUGAAUCGCCAAGCUCAUCAGUACUCAAGCCUUGACCCGGAAGCAAGCGGGCUUCCAAAGUCCAGCUCGCGGAGAGGACCAAACCCACUUGGGGCAUCUGAUGCCCGUGAAAAGCAGAGACGGGAACCAGGAUGCAAAAUUUCCCCAAGAUAGAGGAAUAAUCCCUUUUAUAAAGCACCUCAAGGAAAAUGCAGAGCCCCGGCGCGAAGCUCCGCAGAACCUGGAACUCGGCAGACGGCCUGGACUGCAGCUCGCGCGCCGGAUCGAGUCCGGCCCUCUCCCGGACCUGCCCUCGCGCAGGCGUAGUCGCGCAGCGCUCCCGCCCCAACGCGCAUGCUCCGCCGGGCCGGGGCGCUCCCGGCCGGCGGCGGCGGCGGGAGGAAGUUACCGCUUUGCACUCCACCCCGGUAGCAGCUUCGGGGCUGGGGACAGCUUCCUCCGGACGCUCCGCGGGCUUCGCUGCCGCCGCACGGCGGUCCGACGAGAUCAUGGGGUUGCCCAAGGGGCCGGAAGGCCAGGGUCUUCCGGAGGUAGAAACAAGAGAAGAUGAAGAACAAAAUGUCAAGUUGACUGAGAUUCUGGAGCUCUUGGUUGCAGCUGGGUAUUUCAGGGCAAGAAUUAAAGGCUUGUCACCUUUUGACAAGGUGGUAGGAGGAAUGACCUGGUGCAUCACCACUUGCAACUUUGAUGUGGAUGUCGAUUUGCUCUUUCAGGAGAACUCUACAAUAGGUCAGAAAAUAGCUCUAUCAGAAAAAAUUGUGUCCGUCCUGCCAAGAAUGAAAUGUCCACACCAGCUGGAGCCCCACCAGAUCCAGGGGAUGGAUUUUAUUCACAUAUUUCCUGUUGUCCAGUGGCUGGUGAAGCGAGCUAUAGAAACGAGAGAAGAGAUGGGCGACUAUAUCCGGUCCUACUCCACAUCCCAGUUCCAGAAAGCCUACAGUCUCCCUGAGGAUGAUGACUUCAUCAAGAGAAAAGAAAAGGCCAUCAAGACAGUUGUUGACCUCUCGUUCCAUUUUGGAAAUGGGAGAAAUGGAAAACCUUUAACAUAGUUACACUCUGAAGCCAGAUGCUGUUUUCAGGUCACUGCAGAGCACUGAGUAGAGUUCCCUGUGCUAUACAAUGCUGUCUUCUUAGGUUUCUGAGCUGAGCUCUGUUGCCAUUAACUUCCAUCCUUCCCACCCACCACUUCUGCACACGGUUGCUUGCGGCCUUGGAGUGAGGGUCCCACGAGCUUGUCAGAGGCUCCGGGGCUCCAUGUCCCUGUCUUCUUCCUGUGAGUCAGUGUA